ACACGGACCCACCAUUCUAACGAAAGCGAUACGACUGAGAACAUGUACAAAGCAAUCAUAUUCGCCGCGAUUUUAACACUCACCACGUGUGAGGAGAAGCCAUACAAAACACAUCAUUAUGUCGAUCCGUUUGCGCUUUUAGAUCGACACCUGUCACACAAUCUUGCUUACCUUUGGCCAUGGAGUCAUCUGAUCCGAGCAGCAGCUGCACUGGACCUAGAAGAGAGUUUAGAGGAACCACAGAUCAUAUCAGACUCAGAGAAAUACAUGGUCAGAUUGAAUGUGCGCCACUUUAAGCCAGAAGAGCUGAAAAUCAAAGUGAAGAACCGUUACAUGAUUGUUGAAGGGAAACAUAAGGAUAAAGAAGAUGAUAAACGGUUUAUUGGUAAUCAUUUCAUGCAGCGUUUCGUGCUUUCGCCUGGCGUUAAGCAAGAGGAAAUUAAGGCUGUAUUAAACGAGAAAGGAAUUCUCUCAAUAUCAGCACCAAAACACGAGUUACCGCCACCUCCGCCAGAAAUUGAAGUGCCAAUUGAAGUAAUUAAGCCUGAACAUAAUAAAGAAGUUGAAAAAUUAGGUAACAAGCCACAAGACAAAAACCAAACGGAAGAUACUGAUAACAAUAAGGAUAUAUUUACAGCCCCGGUGACUCCAAUAGACCAGAUAGAGACAGAAGCAACAACUCAUAUUGGUAAGAUAAGGAAGAAGGAACUGAAAACUACCACGAAGACAACUAAUGACAACGAGGUUACGAAAGGUGGAGACGGCAAUGGCUUAGAUUAUGCAUUGAUAGAGGCUGAAGAGUGAUUACAAAUAAGAUUAUGCAAGACUGGUGCAAAGCUUUAAGUGUUGAGUUGUUGUUAGUUAAUACAGUUAUUUAUUAAAUUA